ACGUGUCCUCGCUCCCGCUCGCGACUUAUGUAACCAUCCGCACGGCGACUCCGCAGCCUCCGAGCCCCUUCCCUCCAUCGACCCUGCGAGGCGACCCACGCGCUAAUCCACACCGCCGCGAAUCGCGAACGCUCGCGGAUCCGGCGAUUCGUAUCGACUGAUAAACUUAAGCCUCCGAUCCUCACGUUGUGCAAUAACCGUCAGCUGAGAGGUGACAUAAUCGAUGCAGUGAGCACCGGUGUCCGAUACGAAUGGCCAGCGAACACAACGUCACAAUUAAUUAAAUAUAACUGAGCAACCGAUAAAGCGCCUUCACAUAUGAAUUUAGUUAGCUUAAACAAAAUUAGGUUAUUUAAGUGAACAAGUGCCAAGCAUAACGUGAAUUGAAUAUAACCCUCGCUGAAACGCGUGAAUGCAUCCGGUGACAGUGACAUUGGUGAGAGUGUUACGGAUUGUAUUGCUGUAGAGGGGAACUCGUAUGCGGGGGAUGGUAGUAGUGGCGAGCGCGGUGCACAGUGGAGGCAACUGGCGGCGAGCUGUGGUGGCGUGAGUAGGGUCGGGGUGUGCUGCGGUGCCAGUCAAGAUUGAAGUGGUGGCCGGGCGAGGGUGGGGCAGGCGCGCGCGCGUGCGUCCGCUGCACGUGCUGAGCCGCGCGGCCGGCAUGUUGGCCUCGCAGCGAUCGCAGUCGUGCAACGAGGAGGGCGCGUUCUUCGGCGCGCGCGCGCUGCGCCGGCCGCGCGGCAAGGGCAGCGGCAGUCCGCCCUGCUAGGGGUACGCCAUGUCGCUGCGCAGCCUACACCGGAGGCUCUCUUCCGCCAAUCACACAUGCGAAGAUGGUGGAGGCGGCGCGGCGACAGGCACGGGCGGGCGCGCGGCGUCAUUACGGCUCGCGAACGGGCGGGUGUCGACGCAGUCGGCGGAACAACUGCCGCACUCGCCUGCCGACUGCGCCUCCGUGCGCAUCUCCAUAGACAACACCAACACCUGCUGCACAGACUCGCUCGUCACUGCGCUCGAUGACGAGACCCUGCUGCUCGGCGACGCCGAUAUGUCGCUGAAGCAGGGCAGCGGCACCGGCAAGGUCCACUUCGGUGGCUUGGACGAUGUGUCCCUGUACGGCACACCCGUGGAGCCCGCGCCCCCGGUCUCCGACGCCAAGCAGCAGGGGUUCCUGCGCAACCAGCUGCAGGCCCUCUUCCAGCCCACCGACAACAAGCUCGCCAUGAAGCUCUUCGGCUCCAAGAAGGCCCUCAUGAAGGAGCGUAUCAGACAGAAGGCGGCGGGGCAUUGGGUCAUCCAUCCUUGCAGUAGUUUUAGAUUCUACUGGGAUCUUUGUAUGCUACUGUUGUUGGUGGCCAACCUAAUCAUCUUACCCGUCGCUAUCUCCUUCUUCAAUGACGACCUCAGCACACGAUGGAUAGCCUUCAACUGUCUAUCGGACACCAUAUUUCUUAUAGAUAUCGUUGUUAAUUUUAGAACAGGAAUUAUGCAGCAAGAUAAUGCAGAACAAGUGAUAUUAGAUCCAAAGUUAAUAGCGAAGCACUAUUUGAGGACGUGGUUCUUCCUCGACCUCAUCUCUAGCAUACCACUAGAUUAUAUAUUCCUAAUCUUCAAUCAGGUAAACGACUUUAGUGAAAGCUUUCAAAUUCUUCACGCCGGUCGAGCGCUAAGGAUACUACGGUUAGCAAAACUUUUAUCGCUGGUACGACUACUCCGACUUUCCAGGCUAGUCCGAUACGUGUCACAAUGGGAGGAAGUAUAUAUCUUGCAGAAUCUUCAAAAAAAGCGCACGGAAAGAAGGGGAAGGCUCAGCUCCUCCGACGUCGCCAAAAAGAAGGGUGACACCAAAAGCAAUCUGAUCUUUAAGUUCCUCAAUAUGGCGUCGGUGUUCAUGCGGAUAUUCAACCUCAUCUGCAUGAUGUUGUUAAUCGGACACUGGUCCGGGUGUUUACAGUUCCUCGUUCCCAUGCUCCAGGGAUUUCCUCCAAACUCUUGGGUCGCCAUAAAUGAAUUACAGGAAGCCUUUUGGCUCGAACAAUACUCUUGGGCGCUAUUCAAGGCGAUGUCCCACAUGCUGUGCAUCGGGUACGGGCGGUUUCCCCCGCAGUCGCUGACGGACAUGUGGCUCACGAUGCUAUCCAUGAUCUCCGGCGCCACUUGCUAUGCCCUGUUUCUCGGUCACGCUACAAAUCUCAUUCAGAGUCUCGACUCGUCGAGAAGACAGUACCGUGAAAAGGUCAAACAAGUAGAAGAGUAUAUGGCAUACCGAAAACUACCUCGCGAAAUGCGUCAGAGAAUCACGGAGUACUUCGAACACCGAUACCAAGGGAAGUUCUUCGACGAGGAACUGAUUCUUGGCGAACUGAGUGAAAAGCUACGAGAAGACGUCAUCAACUACAACUGCCGAUCCCUUGUAGCUUCUGUGCCAUUCUUUGCAAACGCUGACUCUAAUUUUGUAUCAGACGUCGUUACCAAAUUACGUUAUGAAGUCUUCCAGCCGGGUGACAUCAUCAUCAAAGAAGGAACCAUCGGUAAUAAAAUGUACUUCAUUCAAGAAGGUAUCGUGGACAUCGUGAUGGCGAACGGCGAGGUGGCGACGAGCCUCUCCGAUGGCUCCUACUUCGGCGAAAUCUGUCUUCUGACCAACGCCCGGCGAGUCGCUUCCGUCCGCGCCGAAACCUACUGUAAUCUUUUCUCGCUAUCCGUGGACCACUUCAACGCGGUGCUAGACCAGUACCCUCUGAUGCGGCGGACCAUGGAGAGCGUGGCCGCCGAGCGCCUGAACAAGAUCGGCAAGAACCCCAACCUGGUGGCGCACCGCGAGGACGACACCACGUCGGAGGGCAACACCAUCAACGCGGUGGUGAACGCGCUGGCGGCCGAGGCGGAGCACGUGAGCCUGUCGGACGACAGCGUGGCGCGCCUGUCGGAGCGCUCGCUGGGCCUGGCGCUGCAGCCGCUGCAGGCCGCGUCGUGCCGCAUGGCGGGCGUGGCGCUGCCCGGCCUGGGCGUGGCCGCCGCGCUGCCGCGCCCCAAGUCCGAGCACGACUUCAGCUCGGCGCAGGCGCCGGCGCCGCCGCUGGCGGGCGCGGCCGCCUUCCACAAGUCGGACGCCGGCAUCGCCCCCUGACGCCGCACGCUGUGCUAGGCCGAGGCCCGACCGAUAGCAAUACUAGGCUUAGUGCGAGCGCGCGUCGCCUCGCUAGUUGUAGCGUAGACACGAGUAUUAGCUGCGACUUCGCCGGGCGCGCGCCCACCGCGCCCGCUGAAUCUCAUUUUGUGAUCUUAUACUUAAUUCUCCUGUGUUAUAAUUUAGGUUAAAUUUUAUAUCAUUGACGCUGCGAGGAAGGGGAUACGCGAAGUAUUCCGAUUGUAUAGAUAUACCUGUUAUUAUAUUGAAGGACGAAACUAUUGAGUCUUUAUAGAGAUACCUUGCCACUAAAGAGAUGAUUAAUUAUAUAGACUAGACUGAAAUGUAAAGAUAUCACUAUUUAAUGCUCUGUUGGCGUACGAAAUAGACCUAUAUUGUUGACGGAUGCGUUAUGAUCGUUCGCGGGAUUAAGACCGUUGAUAAUGUAAUAUAGAAUGUUCCCGAUAGUGACGAAAACGACGAUAUUAAAUACUUAUUUGAAUUGUUAAUAUUAUGUAAAGUGUGGAGCGUAGAAGAGUGUAGAUCGUCGCGCAGCCGCGCGUCGUGCGCGCCGCCUGCCGAAGCAUCGAAUGUGCCAUAGCUCGAACGUCACGCGGCAGGCUCGGGCGCUCGCACGCCGCGCGGCGCCAGGCGCGGUGAUCGCGCGCACCGCGCUGCACAAGCGACGCACAAUGUAACAAACCUCACGAUUCCAUAGCACACGGACGCUUUCUUAUUUUUAUUAAUAUUAAGUAGUUAACUACCGUAUCAGACCUACCGUUUGUCUCGGUUUCCUAAUAGAGGUGGAUCAGUAGCGCUUCGAACCGUUUCUUUAUGUAAAUAUGUAAUACCAACAAGGAUUCGCCUUUAGCGUGGUUCGUUUCAUAGAAGUGAUAGGGGACGCUCGCGGGAGCGGUCCAGUCAAUUAUCGCGCGAGCGCGACUCGAGUCUCGUUUCUCGAUGCACUACGACACUUCGUACCUUGUUUUAAUUGUAGGUGAAAAUAAUUUAUUAUCGAUAGUGAUCAUUUAGUAUGAGUAAGUAGGCCGGAGCGAUAACAAAUUCGGACGAACGACGGUAUGUGAUAGAGCAGCAGGGGCUGCGACUGGCGCUGCCACUGCCGGCUCGGCGCUACUCGACACGGCUGUGCCGCCGCACGGUGCGGGCCGCCGGGCGGGGAGCACACCUACACAAUUGCAUGAACGACGCUUAUACUAUCAUUUUUUCUGGAUUGAGAUCUUGUUUUUAUUCUAUCUAUAGCGAUUUUUUCUGGCAGUUUUUGCGAUUAGUGGUUUUGUAAGCACUUCACGAACUUUGAACUUUCUUAGCAAUAAAUAGAUAAUCGCAACGAGUAACAUAUCCUACGGUUAGAGUAGAGUAGAGUUGAGCCGACCGCCGCCGGCGCCGCAUCUUUGGCACGUUUCAUCGUUGACUAAUUCUUAUAGUGUCAUGACAAUUUGUAAAGAUAAUUUUGCAAAUGUUGACUUUUUAGCCAAAAUAAUAUAGUUAAUGAAUGACGAACCAAUACGCAGUAGCUUAUUAGUAGAUGAAUGCAGCCUAUAGUUCUCAGUUUUGGCGACUAACACCAACCAAACCAACACACACUAAUUUGUACUCGGAGACGUUUAUACCUAAACUUAAUACUGUUGAACUAAACAGAGUAACGCCUGUCAAUUUAUCUACAAAGAAAGAAUAUAAUUGCGUUUUAACUCCCAGAGGCAUUUAUUUAUUGUUGUUUUAUCUAACAUUACCGCUUUUGUAAAUUAUAUAAAUUUUAUAGGAGAGAUCUAUUUUUAUUGUGAAGUUGAGCUGCUGAAUAAAAGCAAAGAGAAACCUAUAUUAAAUCAAGAGUUUUUUUUAUUGAUACUGUUAAUUAUUAAAUAGUUAUACUUAUUAUACUGAUUUCUGGUAUCUAUUUUCACCAAAAGUGCUCAUCGCUGUCAAAAAAUUAGAGGAAAUGCAUUAAAGAAUGAGAAAA